AUGACCAAGGCGCCCGCAGCGAAGCCCCGUGGGAAAGCUAAGCUAUCGGGGACGCAGAUGACACUGACUGGACAGCUUGUGCCGCCGCUCGCAUUGACCGACGCAGGGCCGCCGAAGGCACGCGGGAAAAGCAAAGGCAAGGGCAAAGGUAAGCACCCCGCAGCGUUGAGGACGGCUCGCAAAGCUGCGUCAGCCGCAGCUCCCGCCGAAGAACUGCCUCCUCAGGGCGCAGCGGCUUUGCCACCAGAGCCGGACGACGCAGCGUCAGAGGCGGCAUCGGGCUCCGAGGAGCGCGGCGACGAGAUUGGUUCCGAGCUCGGCGUCAAACAGGAUGAGCUUGAGAGUGCCAAGCGUGAGCUUGAGGAGGAAGAGGCUCCACCGCAGGGCGCGGUAGCCAAGGUUGAGAAUGAGGAGCGCUCGCCCGAGGCGGCAGCGCCGCAGGUAGGGGAGUUCGUGGAUGUGCAUGGCAUCGGGCAUAGCAUCGUGCGUUGCAACCGCUGCUGUCGCACGGCAAAGGAGUGCAACUACAGGAUCAGGGCGAAGGGCCAGUCGACUUACCAGUGCGACGCGUGCAACACGAACGGGGUGCGCCUUUCUCGGAGGUUCGGACAGUGGCCGCCAAAGUGUUUCGCCAAAAUGAAGAGUGAGUUCAAGCAGCAGUUCUACAAGGAUCUGGCAGAAGAUCCUGGGCUGUCGAACCUCGAUCGCAUUGAAGCCUUCGUGGUCAGCUCAAUCACUGUCCAACGGAUGGAGGAGGAGCGCGUCCGCAAGGGUGGCAAGUACCUUCCGCUGAGGAAGUGGGCGCACGACGGCUUCGACGCGAAAAAGAUUGAAGAUAAUGUGCAGGAUAAGAGGUGGAACCCUGAUCUCGGGGAGUGGACGUACAGGCCGCAAUUGGAGGCGGCCUGGAGCGAGACAGUGGAGGCCGCAGUGCGCAACGAGCUGUACACCGAUAAGAGGACGCAGGCGAAGCAGAGCGGCCCGCGGGCAGCGGCCUCGACGGGCGUCGCAGAGCACGGCGGCGACAAGGGCGACAGAAGCGACGAGAGCGACAUGUCCAGAUCCAGGAGCCGCUCGCGCGGCGACCGCGACAGGAGCAAGAGCCGCCGCAAGGGCAGGAGCAAGAGCCGCGGCAAGAGCAAGGACAGGAGCAAGAGCAGGGAUAAGGACGCUGAGAAGGAGCGGAGGCGACAGGAAGCGAGGGAGAAGGCCGAGCAGGCCAAGAAGGAGACGCAGGAGAAAAACCUGGCGCUGAAGUGGAUCGGCACCGCAACGAGGCUCGAGACAGAGCUGGACGGGUACCUCGAGCAUGAGAAGGCGGACAAGGUGCCGUCAUGGGCUGUGAAGAACGCGAAGGCGGCGAGGAAGUCUGUGGCAGUCAUGAAGGCGGUGGCGCAGAAGCGCGUGCACAGCGGCGUGGCGUUGACGAUCACGCAGGACGAGGCCAUCAGCAUCCAGAAGGAUGCGAGCUCGGCGGCGAGGGCCAUCGCGGGGAUGCUCAAGGAGGCGCAGAAGCACAGCACCUGCGUCCUGAGGGCGGCUCGGCGCGUCGACCUGCGGGGGGCCCCGCGCCACAGCCUUGCCGUGGCGCCUGCGCUGCGCGGCGUGGGCGCGGAGCCGGGCGGGGUGCGCGAGACCUGCGGGGUGCACAAGCCGUUCAUCCGCGCGGUCGAGUCGGUGCUCCGCAGGGGCCAGAUGGGGCUCGUGGCGUUGCCGGAGCCUCACUGCGAGUUUUGCGCGCCUGUGUUCUUCGAGCGGGGGAGGCCCGGGCUGUCCUUCGGCAAGUGCAUGAUCUUGUGCGGGGGCCCGGACUGGCCGACCUCCGUCCUCGCGGGGAUCCUGAGGCCGGGGGACGUGGGCACAUGCUCCGUCUGGCUGUGGCCACUCCUGGGCGCUUCAAGGAUGUUUGCGCGCCGGCUGACCGUCAUCGUGGAGAACCUCGGGUGGAAGGGCGGCGACUUCGAGCACGGCGGCGAGUGGUUCGGCGCGGGCGGCUGGCUGGGAAAGCGGGUGGAGCGGCUCUGCGAGGAGCAGACCGCGCUGGAGUUCGAGAGCCAGGCAUACUUUCACGGGGCUUCUGGCUACGUCCACUUCCACAACGAGGACCACUCGCGCUUCCUCGUGCUGGUCUUCAGCUCGGGCAGUGCCAAGGGCUGCACGCUCUCUGGCGGCUGCCGCUUCACGGCCCGCGCCGGCCGCCUGCUGCCCGACUGCCCGGCGCUGCUGGAGCGCGCCCCGGCUGCGGCGGAGCCCGGCUCCGGCCUGUGCCGCGCGGGCGGGUGCGCCUGGGAGAUGCUCGAGCGGCGGGAGGACGGCUCCGCCGUGCUGCGCUGCGUCGUGCUGCCCGCGCGGGGCUCGGCGGGGCUGCACGAGGAGCUGCACAGGGAGCUCGUGCUGCGGCUGGACAAGGCGCCGCCGUGCGAGUCGACGGUGGGCGAGGAGGUCGAGGCAUCAGAGGAUAGCUCGCACGACUCUCCGGGAAGGUGCUUUGUCAUCGAGGUCCAGAACCGGUUUGAGGAGGACUUCUGCCUGGACGGCGCGUGGUUCGACGCCGGGCGCUGGUCGGCGGCGCCGCCGCCGCGGCUCCGGGCGGGCGGCGUCUCGCGGCUGGUGCUCUCGAGCGACGCGCUUCUCGGCAGCGUCAGCGGCCUCUGCUGGUACGUGAACGAGCAGAGCCGCGACGUGUACUUCAGCGUGGUCUUCAGCUCGAGGUACCACGAGCUUCAGGUCGCCCCUUCGCUUCGCCGCGACGCGGGCGUGCAGCUACCGGCCGGGCACGGGGUGGCCUGGAAUUGCUUCUUCGAGAGCAGCGCCGCCGUCCACGUCAAGGUGGUCGUAUUCCAGGAGCUCGGGUGCAUGGACCCGCUCGCGUUCCCGCCCGCCGAGGCGCGCCAGGCUCCCGAGCCCGCCGUCCUCGGCGAGGUGCCAGGCUCCACCGCCCUGGCGAACCCUCAGCAGGUGGCCCAGGAGAGGGAGGACGCCGACGCGGCCUCGCACUUCUGGAGCUCCACGCGCCCGCGCGACCUCCUGGACGGGCUCGGAUCGGGCGUAAAGGUGGCCGGUGGAUGCGUGCUGGCCGGCACUGCGGCGCUGUUGGCAGCCCCCGUGGCGGGCGGGGGGGAGAAGGUGGGCGCCGCCGAGGGCGGCAUCGGCGGCUUCCUGACCGGGACCGUCAAAGGUGUGCGUGCGUUGGGGUGCGAGCAGUGCGAGCUGAACACGCAGACGGCCUCGAUCACCGACGCCGCCCGCGACGACGGCCGACGGCGGCGAGCCUGGCCGGGCGAGCACGACGCGGAAGUGGGCGGCGGCGGCUGGGGCCUCCACGACGAGUACUCGCUGGACCCGGCCCGCGACGAGGUGCUGUACGGCUACCACUGCCCCAGGUCCUCGUCGGGGCCAUCGAAGCCGGCCGCGCUGCCGCUGGCGCGGGUCAGGGAGGAGUUCGAGGCCCGAGCGGGCCCCGACGGCAGGGUCGGCGUCAGGGAGCUCGGGGAGAUCUGGCAGGCCUGCGCCGCAGGUCAGCAUCAGGAUCUGGACCAGGCCGAGAGGGCGGUGAUCGCGAUCGCGGCGGAGCAGUACAUGAGGCACAUGAACCUGUCCAGGAACUUCCGGGUGGGGCACCGCGUCCUCGUGGCCUUCAUGCUCGGCGCGCUCACCGCUCCUACCCAUCCGGGUGUCCUGAGACUCCCCGAGAUUAUGCGCGAGGAAGGUCGCGAAGCUCGAUCCUGA